AUGAGACGCACCUGCAAGCACAGCCCCGGUGUGCAAAUGUCGAAUGUUAGUUGGCGUCGCCGACGACGAUUCUUUAAGUUCUUUUUGCAAUUGCGCAUCUAUCCAUUAUUCCGAUUAUUUCCGGUAUUGUGGCUGCUUUUGUGUUACUGCUGUUGUUGCUGUCACGCUGAACACAGGCGGCACGUCGUGGAGCACAGCGUUAAGCUGAGUAAUUGCUACGACAUUCGAUACGGCUUUGAUGGGGCGCUAACCGGCACUGCACCAAAGCUUUUAUUACCUGCAGCCAAUAGCUCUAAUAGUGGUAACAGUAGCGCUACUACCAAUGCAAACAUGAGCACUACAGUUAGUGAUCUGUGGACACAACACCAGUUGCAGCUACAAAAUCGUUCCGAUAUGGACGCGCAAGGCUUCAGACCAGCGCCGGCUAUGCACACAGGCUGGCAAUGUUGCUGUUGGAAUGCAACAAAUCAAGAUGAAAUUGAGUGCCAUUGUGAGGGAGAGGCGUUAAUGCGCGUGCCGCAAACACUUACAGUGCCAGUACAAAGGCUUAGCAUCUCGUCGGCAGGAUUGCCGCGGGUACGUACAACUGGCCUGAAGAAGUAUUCUGCUUCAUUGCAGGAUUUUGUUCUAACAGACUUGCAACAUCUGGAGUGCAUCGAGGACGGCGCCUUCGACGGCCUCAAGUUGCUGCGCACCAUUUACAUUUCUCAUGCCCCGAAACUGAUGUUUCUGUCACGUGAUGUUUUUCUUGGCAUUUCGGAAACUAUUAAAACCAUACGAAUUAUAAAUAGUGGGCUAAUAAAGGUUCCGGAUUUGCGGCAUAUUCCACCUGCCAACAUUUUACAAAUGAUUGAUCUCGACAACAAUCAAAUAACUCGAAUCGAUAAGAAUUCCAUCAACCUCAAGACUGAUCAACUAAUUUUAGCAAAUAACGAUAUACGUUAUAUUGAUGAUUCCGCCUUCUUUGGCUCACAAAUUGCAAAACUCAUUUUAAGACAAAAUCGUAAUCUGCGGGAGGUUCAUCCAACUGCGUUCAACGGAAUAAGCAUGCAUGAGUUAGAUCUUUCUAGCACAUCAUUGGUGAGUUUACCUCCGGUGGGCUUGCAGGACAUUGAGGAAUUACGCAUUGAAAACGUACACACACUCAAAACUAUUCCAUCCAUAUACAACUUUAAGAAUUUACAAAGAGCUUUCUUGACACAUUCCUUUCACUGUUGCGCAUUCAAAUUCCCCUCGCGCCAUGACCCUAUUCGUCAUGCUGAACGAUUGAAAGAAAUUGAAAAGUGGCAGCAGCGCUGCAGAAAGAAUGUUAACGAUAAUGCCAGUGUCAGUGCCAGCUGGUUGGGCAUGGCCACUGGAAGUGGAAUCAAUGAUAGUUUAGAUAAGAUGGUGAGAGCAACAGAGACUGAGAACGAUGACGAUGAUGGUCAAGUUUGGAGUGCGAAUGCAGGUGGACUGCAUCCAACGCAUGGCAGUGGGGUUUUUUACAGCAGUUUGGCGCGGACCGAAUUCGUUGUGAACAAUAAUGAGAACGAGACUGAGACGGAGGAGAGUGACUACCCUCCUGUGGAAGACUACAUCUCGGAGUCGAUGAUAAAAGAAAUUGGCAUAUUCCAUGAAGAGAUUACUAUAAAUCCAGAUGUAAUUCAACUUGACGAGUAUUGUGGGAAUUUUACCUUUAGAAAACAUGACGUGGAAUGCUACCCAAUGCCGAACGCUCUUAAUCCCUGUGAAGAUGUCAUGGGCUAUCAGUGGCUGCGUAUUUCCGUCUGGAUUGUCGUUGCCCUGGCUGUGGUGGGCAAUGUUGCCGUGCUAGUUGUUAUUCUAUCGAUAAGGUCAGAAAGUCCAUCCGUGCCACGUUUCCUGAUGGGUCAUCUGGCAUUCGCAGAUUUGUGUUUGGGUUUGUAUUUGCUGUUAAUCGCCGCCAUCGAUGCACAUUCCAUGGGAGCUUAUUUUAAUUACGCCUAUGAUUGGCAAUAUGGCGCUGGUUGCAAGGUUGCUGGCUUUCUGACUGUUUUUGCAAGUCACUUAUCGGUCUUCACUUUGACGGUCAUCACCAUCGAACGUUGGAUGGCCAUUACGCGUGCCAUGCACUUGAAUAAACGCAUUAAGCUCCGAGCUGCCAGCUUUAUAAUGGCCGCUGGCUGGGUCUAUUCUAUUGUGAUGUCACUGCUGCCGCUCUUUGGCAUCAGCAACUAUUCGUCGACAAGCAUCUGCUUGCCGAUGGAGAUACGUGAUCCCAUUGAUACGGUGUACUUGGUGGCAAUUUUGGGCUCGAACGGUGGCGCCUUUUCCAUCAUAACGAUUUGCUAUGCUCAAAUCUAUCUGUCCCUGGGCGAAGAAACGCGUCAUGCACACAGCACACACCGAGGCGAAAUGAGCAUUGCUAAAAAGAUGGCUUUGUUGGUCUUCACCAACUUCUCUUGCUGGGCACCCAUUGCAUUCUUCGGUCUAACAGCACUCGCCGGCUAUCCAUUGAUAAACGUGACUAAGUCGAAAAUUCUCUUAGUCUUCUUCUACCCCCUGAACUCCUGUGCUGACCCUUAUUUGUAUGCCAUACUGACAUCACAAUACCGUACGGAUCUCUUUGCUCUACUCUCAAAAUUUGGCAUUUGCAAGAAUAGUGCACUGAAGUAUAAGAAUAGUCUUUCGGCACCGCACACCACCAAUGUCACUGUGCACGGCUCCAGUCUACAACAUCGGAGUUCUUCCUCGGCCAGUAGGCAGCCUGAGUUGCAAUUAAUGCUGAAAAAUCAUGAGGACUUUGUUUGAAUUUACGAUGAGCGUGAGACGAGACAAAAGCUUGUGUGGGCACUCAUUUGCAUGCAUUAUGCGCUCACGAACAGAAAUAUCCACAUAUUCCAUUGCACUUAAUGAAUCAGUUUUGCUGAAAAUUGAAUAGCUGUAUAAAGGUGUUUGUGCCUUUCAACGUCGGCAGGACAUGACUAACGCAGUGGCAUCGAUUCAAUA